CCUAUACGCGUGAGCCACAAAACAGAUACCAAAACCAAAGUCUACGACACCCCAGGUGAUAGACCGGCGAGUGCAAGGCGGUUAGCAACAGAACCCACCGACACUAGUCACAACCAAUCCACCCCACCAUCUUUGCCUUCCAACAGCAGCCAUGGCGCCGCAGCCAAACGGCCAAGACGGGAAGCUCGCGCUCCCACCCGCCGGCGCCCCGGAGCUGAUCCAGUACUACCCGAACAUCGGCAGCAUGGGUGCCGCAUUCGCGAUGUACACGCUGGUGCCAGGCAUGACGGCGGCGCGCGUCGAGGAGAUCGCGGCCGAGAUCGAGGCGCCCUGGACACGCAUGCUCGGCGACGGAGAUUUCGAUAAGGACCUCCGCCUCGCCAGGGCGCCGGCGGACGACGACGAUCAGUGCCGGGUGGCGUCGGUGACCGAGGCCAUUGCCGCACACGCCGCGCUGCCCAAGUACGCGGAGGAGGACGUGGACAAGAAGAGCCCAUGGUUUUUGGAAACUGCACUCCUCCUGGUGACAAAGGAUGACGUCUCUGACCCACACGCUCUUUUGCUCGUUUACGUCGACACGGAGGACGAAACGUAUUGCCCCGAAGAGGACCAUGAGGAUGACGAACCAAGAUACGACCUAAGUGGCAAGCUCGACAAGUUCUUCAUAGAUGUCUGCCUUGCCCAUUCUGCCAUCAUGAGCUUUCUCAUGGGUGACAACACAUUCAACGAUAGCAAGCUCACCUACAAUGCGGAUAGUGACACCUACGACAUUGCGCCGCUCAUCGAGCGGAGAGCCGAUCUCUUUAGCUGAUCCAAACACGGAGGUGGAAAAUGAGCUUGGGAAGACGGAACAACUUCGAAGGAGAGGCUAGUUACCUUCCGGGGGCGCGGAACAAACAAAGCACAUUACUAGAGUAUAUGGCAGGCUCUGUGGAAUCAUUGAUACACACAAGUAGAAGGUCAUCAAGACAUUCGAGAUUAGAAUAACAGACAGUUCAGGAGGUCGCGAA